AUGAAAGAAGCUGUAAUCGACAAGGACACGGGGGUGACAAUUCGCGAUGUCACCAUUCCUGUUCCCCAGCCAGGACAAGUCUUGAUCAAAGUGAUUGUUUCAGGAACCAAUCCCAAAGAUUGGAAAUUGCCAGUUUGGCUGUCGGACGCCCCGCCAGCCAACCAAGGAGAUGAUAUUGCCGGGUUUGUUGAGGCUGUGGGGAGGGAGUCUCCAAGAAGCUAUGCGGAAUAUGCGAUCGCCUGGGAGCACACAACCUUCCACAUUCCGGAGAAAACCAGCUUUGAAGAGGCUGCCUCUAUUCCCCUUGCCGCAAUGACAUCCGCCCUGGGAUUGUUUCAAAGAUUAAGUUUGCCCGUUCCGUGGCAUCCUGCGACUGAGGCGUUACCCCUGGUUGUGUAUGGCGGUGCAUCGGCGGUUGGGGCCUUUGCAAUCAAGCUGGCUCAACUCUCAAAUAUCCAUCCGAUCAUCGCCGUGGCCGGUAAAGGCGCACCAUUUGUGGAAACUCUCAUUGACAGAUCCAAGGGGGACACCAUAAUCGACUACCGCGAAGGUGACAACGCCGUCCGCGAGAAAGUCCGAAGUUCUGCCGGCGGUCUUCCAAUCCACCAUGCCUUCGACGCGGUUUCCGAGAAGGGGUCAUAUCAGAACCUGGGCGAGGCCCUCACUGCGCCCGCAAAGAUCACGGUCGUUUUACCCGGUAAAGACUAUAGCGAUCUUCCAAAGGGAGUUGAGGCCAUAACCACGAAUGUUGGAGCGGUUCACCAGUCCCCAGAACCGGGACAGACAGUGGGCGACAUCGAGUUUGGUGCUGCAUUUUUCGCAUUUUUCGGAAGAGGUUUGGCACAGGGAUGGUUCACGGGUCAUCCCGUCGAGGUGCGACCUCGUGGGUUGGCUGGUCUCGAAGGCGCAUUGACAGACUUGCGGGAGGGGAAGGCUUCGGCAGUCAAGUAUGUAGUGCGCGUCGGCGACACGCCAAAUCUGUAG